AUGCAUUCGGUCGCGGUGCGGCGUCCGACUCUGAUACAUCGGGCGUCCACCUCCUCGCUGUCCACAGACCCCAGUCAUUCGAAGGAAGAUGGCUUCUCAGCUCCUCAGACGCCUAACAUGCCGUGUGGGCCGCCACUGGGCAACAGCAGCACUGCCGCUUCUCCCGUCAGCGCAGAAUCGCACACCGUUCGACAAUUCAAGGAAGCUUUCCACCUAGACCUUGGUGGCAAAGGCUCGCCUGUGCCUUUGAGCUUGAUGCCCAGUCCUCUUAUCGAACGAUCUAACCCUUUCAGCCACGCAUUCGGGAUGUCCGUCAAGGCGGCUGCUUCGCCAUAUGCGCCAUCUUUGUCGCCGCCAACAAACCGAAGCCACGCGGAAGCCAGAAAACAAAGCCGUUUUGCCAGUGGAUGGUUGUAG